CAACUAUCGAAAGUGGUAUUUUGCUGCUCAAUUGAAUCUCGACGACAACCAUCCAGCGCCACCAAAGACGACACCGACGGGCUUGCUGGUGGAAGAAGCCAAGCGCGAAUGGCGAGAGCGGAUGGAAACAAUGACGAACCGUCAACGCAUGGCUCAAUUGGCAUUGUAUCUGCUGAUAUGGGGUGAAGCAGCGACGCUACGGUACAUCCCUGAGCUGAUUUGCUUCAUAUUCAAAUUGGCUGACGAUUAUGCUGGUGCCACAGGACAAGAACAACCACAGCUCAGCUUUUUGGACGACGUGGUGUCACCAUUGUAUACAUUUGUUCGCGACCAAUCGUAUCAAUUGGACCAAGGCCAGUACAUUCGCCGUGAAAAAGAUCACAACAGCAUUAUCGGCUACGAUGACCUUAAUCAGUUUUUCUGGGAUCGGCUCGCUAUCGCUCAACGGAUCAGACUCCAUGAUGGCCGUAUGCUGAAGGACGUAGCACCAUCUCAAAAAUACGCGUGUCUUGCACAAGUAGACUGGGAUCGCGCAUUUCGCAAGACCUUUUACGAAUCACGUUCGUGGUUGCAUUUGCUGACCAACUUUUCGCGCAUUUGGAUUAUUCACAUUUCCAUCUUUUGGUACUACAUGGCAGCCAAUGUCGACUUUCUGUACAUGGAUCUUGGAGAAAGGCCCGUCAAGUUGUCAGUCAUUGCGCUGGGUGGACUGGUGGCCGUGCUGCUUAUGAUGGCUGCCACUGUGGCAGAGUUUAUGUACCUGCCCUCAACGUCGAGUACGGCGAAAAUUCUGUUUUCGAGACUGAGUAUGCUAAGCUUACUUGCUGCAUGCCAUGUGGGCGCAUCGGUGUAUGUCCUAUGGAUCGACCGGACGAGCUUUAUUGCUUUGAUUGUCGGUGCAUGUCAGUUGGGUGUGGGUGCAAUCGUUGCUAUCCUGUUGGCAACUAUCCCAUCGGCGAAUCUGUUCCACCGCAAGAGGGCGAGUACCCAUCUAGCAUGCAAGACGUUUACAUCCAACUUCCCAUCCAUGACCAGUGAUGACCGAUUCUUGUCGAUCUUGCUUUGGGUAUGCAUCUUUGGAUGCAAGUUUCUGGAGACUUACUUUUUUCUGGCGUUGUCUUUUCGAGACGCGUUGGCAGCUACAAGCACCAUGGAUCUCCGAGAUUGUGUCACCGACCCUUUGCUAGGCAAAUGGCUGUGUCAAAUUAUGCCCACACUGACGAGUAUUCUUAUGUUCACGGUCGAGUUGAUCCUGUUCUUCCUGGACACUUAUCUGUGGUAUGUCGUAUGGAGCACCAUGUUUUCAGUCUCGCAGGCGUUCCGUAUGGGCAUUUCCAUCAUGACCUCUUGGAAAACGCUCUUUGCUCGUUUGCCGAACUUGCUGUAUACGAAAGUUCUGGCGACCAAAGAACUGGGGACUGCAUCCUUGCGGAAGGUGGCAUGCUCGCAAAUGUGGAACGCCAUCAUUAUCGCCAUGUACCGUGAGCACUUGUUAUCGAGCCACAACUUGCAGACGCUCUUGUAUCAUUGGCGCACACCCGACGACGAGCAUCAACACGGCGAAAUAUCGUCACCACCCUUCUUCGAUCCGCAAAACAAGAUGAAAAAGCAAGAAUGUUUCCCGCUACACUCUGAGGCCGAGCGACGCCUGUCAUUUUUCGCACAGAGCUUGGCUACUGAUAUUCCUGUGCCUUGCUCCGUCCAGCAAAUGCCGACGUUCACUGUAUUCACACCGCACUAUGCCGAAAAAAUGAUAUUAACACUGCGCGAGAUUAUCCGCGAAGAGGACGCCACGACGCGUGUGACAUUGCUCGAGUACUUAAAACGCCUGCAUCCGACCGAGUGGGAAAACUUCGUCAAGGAUACCAAGUUUAUGGCUGAGGAAGAAAACCCGUUCCACGUGGACGAGAGCAAGCUGGAUGAUGCACCCUCAGCAGCUUUUCCGCCUUCUGGUGCAAGCGACAAGGACGAUCUGCCGUUCUAUUGUAUUGGAUUCAAAUCAUCCAAACCAGAAUAUACGAUGCGGACGCGCAUGUGGGCUUCUUUGCGCGCUCAAACAUUGUACAGAACAGUUUCUGGAUUCAUGAACUAUGCUCGCGCAUUGAAGAUUUUACAUCGUAUUGAGCAUCCAGAACUGGCUGUGCCCGAUGGCAACAUUAAGACGACCGAGGAGCACCUGGAGUCAGUCGCCCAUCAGAAAUUCCGGUAUUUGGUAGCCAUGCAGCGCUACGCCAAGUUUACCCCAGAGGAAGCCGAGAACUGUGAAGCUAUUUUGCGCGAGUAUCCACAACUGCUGAUUGCAUAUAUUGAAGAAGAGCCCAGCAACACGCCUGGUGCCCCGCCGACUUUCUACUCGGUCUUGAUUGAUGGUCAGUGUCCUAAGAUCGAAGGCACUUACCGUCGCGUACCUCGUUACCGGAUCCGAUUACCAGGCAACCCUAUCCUUGGUGACGGCAAGUCGGACAACCAGAACCACGCUAUUAUUUUCUAUCGUGGCGAGUACUUGCAGCUGGUAGACGCGAAUCAAGACAACUACCUCGAAGAAUGCUUGAAAGUGCGAAGCAUUUUCUCCGAGUUCGAACAAACAGCGGCCCCAUGUGAAAUCUAUGCUCUGCGCAAAGACUCACCUGCACCUGUGGCCAUUGUGGGUGCACGUGAGUAUAUCUUUUCAGAGAAUGUGGGUGUCUUGGGCGAUGUGGCAGCUGGCAAGGAGCAGACGUUUGGUACUUUGACACAGCGAAUCAUGGCCAAGACUGGCGGACGACUGCACUAUGGACAUCCGGACUUUUUGAACGCGGCAUUUAUGACAACGCGAGGAGGCGUGAGCAAGGCACAACGUGGACUCCAUCUCAACGAGGAUAUAUACGCGGGCAUGAAUGCACUAUCGCGAGGUGGACGGAUCAAGCAUACCGAGUAUCUGCAGUGUGGCAAGGGACGCGAUCUGGGCUUUUGUUCAAUUUUGAAUUUUACGACCAAGAUCGGCACAGGCAUGGGCGAGCAGAUGUUGUCACGCGAAUACUACUACCUGGGCACCCAGCUUCCAAUCGACCGGUUCUUGACAUUCUACUAUGCACAUCCGGGCUUCCAUAUGAACAACAUUAUGAUCAUCUUCGCGGUCCAGUUGUUUUUGUUCUGCAUGACGUUUGUCGGUACAAUGGCAACGUCCGUACCCUCUUGCUCGCUGCAUGGUGUCGAAGAAAAUUGCUUCAGGAUGAAGCCUGUGUUUGAUUGGCUCGAGCGCUGCAUUGCUGCGAUCUUCUGGGUAUUCUUUAUCGCAUUCCUGCCGCUCUUUUUGCAAGAGUUGACCGAAAAGGGUACUUGGCGAAGCACGUUGCGUCUCUUCAAACAGUUCUUGUCAUUGUCCCCACUGUUCGAAGUGUUCGUCAACCAGAUUUAUGCAAACUCGGUACUGUCCAAUUUGAACUUUGGUGGCGCACGGUACAUCGCUACGGGUCGUGGAUUUGCAACGGCCCGACUACCUUUCUCGGUCCUGUACGCUCGCUUCGCGAACCAAAGCAUCUAUUUCGGCGCACGGACCAUGUUUAUGCUGAUCUUUGUGACACUUACGCUGUGGAUUCCGCAUUUGCUCUACUUUUGGGCUACCGUCGGCUCGUUGGUGAUUUCCCCAUUUGUAUUUAAUCCACAUCAGUUCGUCCUGACAGAUUUUAUCACCGACUAUCGCGAGUUUCUGGGAUGGCUGACGCGAGGCAACGCUGGCCGGUACUAUGGCCAUGCAUGGAUCACGUUCUGCCGACAGUCCCGGGUACAGAUCACGGGCAUCAAGAGAAGGACAUCAUCCCAACCAACAUCUUCGGUACCUGGGCCACGCGCUCAAUUAUCAAGCAUUCUGGCAUCUGAAGUGUUUAUGCCGCUGGUCCAAGCAGUUUUGUGUGGCUCAUGCUACGUCUUCUACAAGAACCGGGAUCCGAAUCAAGACUUAGGUCAUGGAGGUGCAUUGGCGAGGAUUGCAUGUUUGACGGUCGGACCAAUUGCAUGGAAUGCCAUCUUCUUACUGCUAUUACAAUUCGUUUCCAUGUUUUUGGCAGCCGUACAAUCGUCGAAAAAAGUUGGAUUGUAUAUGGCUGGCAUUGGCCAUGCUUUAUCGCUGAUUGGAUUUGUCGUAUGCUUUGAGCUAUUCUGGUGGCUCGAAGGAUAUGCAGUCAGAUCAACCGCCUUGGGCGUACUGACCAUGUUUGCAUUCGAGCGAUUCGUGUUCAAAAUUUUGGUUGGCUUCUUUUUGCCUCGCGAACUACAUCACGAUGCAACCAACCGCACUUGGUGGACCGGACAAUGGCGUGGAAGCAAUUUGGGACUUCAAGGAGCAAGAGAAUACCUUUGCAAGGUCGUAGAAAUGUCGGCUUUCACCACAGAUUUUAUCCUGGGCCAUUUGAUCUUGUUCUUUCUGUUCCCAUUUACUUUGGUACCGUACAUAGAUCGGAUCCAUUCCUUGAUGCUGUUUUGGCUUAGGCCAUCCAAACAGAUUCGACCGUCCGUCUUGUCCACCAAACAACGAAGACGUCGUCGGGAGAUUGCACUUACGUAUGGUCCCGUUUUUUGCCUCGUAUUUAUCUUCUUUGUUUCUCUCAUCAGCAUCCCUCCCAUCUUUUUAAACGAUGAAAUUACUGGUUUCCAACGUGGAACCAACCCUUUGCCUGUCUAAGAAAGGUUCUAAUCCAACCGUUACUAAGAAACAAAAUUAUACGCUCUUUCACUCACUUAAUGUAACACCAUGUAUAUUCCCUUUCAUUAUCAUCUUUUAAAACAAUAAGUUAUUUCACAC